AUGGCGGAUGAUGAAGAGGAAGUGGUCAUUAACUAUCCGCGUGUCCAUUAUUUCCUCGAGGAGGAAAUGUGCGCUGCAGCCGCCGAAAAUAAGCUCAGUCAGUUGCGACGCAUUCUUAUGGAGAGAGUUGAUCCUAAUUGGCUCAACGGUUUCGGACUCUCUCCCCUACAUAUUGCAGCGGAUAAGGGACAUUUCGAAAUUAUGAAAAUGCUCGUCUGCAACAAAGCCACUGUCGACAUUGAGAACCGCAGUGGAGUCACCCCCCUCCACUUGGCGGCGCGAGGGGACCACUACAAGUGCGCACAACUACUCCUUCUUGCGGGUGCCGACGUAUUCAAGGAGUGUUGGUCUCUGUGCACACCCCGCGAAUUUGCACCGAAGAACAGUAAAACACGCUGGUUGCUUGAGAAGCGAGAACAGGGUGUCAUACCCGACCCAAAGGAUGUUUUUGAGAUGAAUGUGGAGCCAAUCGUGCCCAAGUUUGCGAUUCCUCAGCCCGAGCCGGAUCCAAAGGCCAGGAAUAAGCCAAUGCCGAAACAGAAGAAGUGA